AUGGAUGUUUUCUCGUUCUGGUUCAUUUUAACAUCAUAUUCGGUGAAGGCAUUUGCUCAGCGAUGUAAGUUAACGCAAAGAUCUGAGCAUGGCUUGGUUCUCCUUGAUCACGUGUACAAAUCGUUCACUGCGGAUCGGUUGGUUUCUUGUUACAUUGCCUGCAAUUCACAGCCUGCAUGCCAAAGCCUUAACUUCAGGCUGAGUGACAAAACUUGCCAGUUUAACAAAGAAACUAAGACUUCCUGCCCAGCCAGUCUGAAGCAGAAUGAAGGGUUUAUCUAUGCUGAUAACCCAAAUCGAGGUGAGAAUAUCUUUAAAACAAAUUUUUUUCCCUUGUUAUUUUGACAACUGAAGAAAUUGGAAGAUAUAACUUCAAGGGACUUGAUUACGUAAUGACUCCACUCAGUUACAAGGCCUCAAGAAACGCAGAAGUCUGCGUCAUUCCGUCAAAGAGUAUUUAAAGGAAACUAAGAUUUUGAAGCUGAAUGCAGGGUUUAUUUAUGCUGAUAAUCCAAAUCGAGGUGAAAAUAUCUUUAAAGCACUUGGGUUUUUUUAUUUGUCUGUAAAAAAAGUUUAUGGUUAAAUUUUUUACAUAGUUCUGCCAUAAUGUUAUCAAGCAAACUUGUGUGGGCGAACAAAUCUUUUUUCCUUUUUACUUCGACAACUAAAGAAAUUGGAAGACAUAAUUUCAAGGGACUUGGUAACGUAAUAAGUCCACUUAGUAACAACGUCUCAAGAUUACGUAAUUUAUCUGCGUCAUUCCGUCAAAAAGUAUACUUCAACCGUUAGACUUGCUUGAAUCUAACCUUCUAUCAUCAAACGGACCCAUUUCUUAGAGCCAAACGACAUAAAAACUGUCCUAUUAAGAGUACCCUAUAGUUAUGGUAUUAUAACUUUUGCUUGCUUGUCAUCAACCGCGAAUUACGAUGUAAAGUGAUCAUUACGUUGUAACAAGUACUUUCAUUUAUAAAUGUUACUUGUAUUGCCUACAGUCGUAUGGCAUGUUGAUUACGCAUUCAAAGUAAAAUGAUUUGUUUGCAUAUUUCUUUCGCUGCAGCUUUACUCGGGUCAGUUUCCUUCAGAGCUGCAGACUCCUGUCAACAUAUCAUUCAAAGUGGAGAUUCCACUGGGAGUGGAGAGUACUGGGUCGACCCACAAGGCAAUGGGAACUCCUUUAAGGCUUCUUGUGACAUGACGACUGAUGGAGGUUUGUUUUCAGCUAUUUUUUUUUUUCUUAGCUGUUUAUAUAACCAGGGUUUUUUUUUUUUAAUUUAAAGGAGGCUGGAUGAUGGUGUUGAACGUUAUUUUGGCAAGCCCCCAAUCUUCCUGGUGGAAUGGCACAGCUGAACAAACGUUUCAAGGUAUACGUAACUAUGGAAACGGCAAAAUGGCUAUAACCAAAAGCGCUAUGAGCCAACUAAGAGCGUACAUAAACUUCACCCAAAUAAGAUUUCACUGUAGCAAAAGAAAAGGAACAACAUUCCACGUCAGAACGACUCUGAACAACAAAGGUGCAGAAGUGGUGCGAUAUUUCAGCGGCGAAAGAGAUGAGAUGCCAGACUCGUGUGACUCCUUCGUCCGUAUGGAUGGCGAUAACUCAAGACUGGCUCAGAAUUGUGCGGCAUGGGCAUAUCAUGGUAAGUGGGGACAUGUCAGCCAUAGUGUUGGAGAGAAUCGUCUGUACAACUACGCAGCAUUUGUGGCCAACAGUUAUCACUGGAUAAUUGGUGGCGACUGGAAGUGUGAUGAUGAUACUAACAAUAACCUGUCAACUGGAGACUCUUGGAAAAUAUAUGUCCGUUGA